AGCUUUUAAAAUUUAUUUUCUUAAGUAGUAUUAGUAAUUUAAAACCCUAAUACGCAGAUGUGUCCCGUCGAUCCUAGAAACCCUGUUGUUAUGCAAACUAAAAGCAACAUGCUUCUGAUUCAGCUCGCCCACUUAGCUGUAAAAACACAUUAAUCAGAACUACCUGGCAUCCUCCUGAGCAAGACUUCAUUUUGGGCCCAGUAUGCUUCACUUCAUCCAGAAGUUUUCUCAAGCAUCUUCAAAGAUGCUGAAGUACCCUUUCAUGGUCGGAGUAGGAGCCAGCAGGAGAAAAGAAAUACUUUCUCUCAAGACAUGUCUGCAGCAGAACUUUUCACCUUUGUUUCUAAGGCCUUUGCCCUUCUCAUCCUUUCUAGUGCAUAUGAACAAGACACAAUACUAUCAUACUUCUCCAUGCAGCUUUAAGAAGAAGCAGCCAGUCCUUCCAGCCAGGCCACCAAAAACUAUCAUGUAUCUGCCUGACAGCCCAAAGCCAGCAUUAUAUGUAUCUCUGGCGGGACUAAUCCCCUUCUUUGCACCACCACUGAUCAUGCUGAUGACAAAGACUUACAUCCCCAUGUUAGCUUUUACUCAGAUGGCUUACGGAGCGAGUUUCCUAUCUUUCUUGGGAGGGAUCAGAUGGGGUUUUGCUCUGCCAGAAGGUAGUCCAGCCAAACUAGACUUCCUCAAUAUAGCUGGUAGUACAGCUCCUGUUGUGUUUUCGUGGUUAGCCUUCCUUAUUUCUGAAAGGCUCAGUGAAGCUAUAGUCACAGUAAUAAUAGGUUUGGGGAUAGCAUUACACAAUGAACUUUUUCUCUUGCCACAUUAUCCUAACUGGUUCAAAGCCCUGAGGAUAGUAAUCACUUUAGUCGCCUUUUUAUCAUUUGUAAUCACUUUACUACUUAAAGAUACUUAUACAGAGAAAGGACCCAAGAGACUUGGUCAAGUAGAAUAAGUAUAAAACUACCCUGUAGAUGAUGUUAGCAUGUUGGUUAUAAGCCUUGUAAGUUGUUUUGCAUCUCCUUUUUCUUCUACUACUGUGUAACUAUUUCCCACCAGUGAUAAUUUAUUCACAUUUUUUUAAUUUCUAGAAAUCUUUAUUUCAAAGGACCUAUAUGAUCAACAGCAUGAAAAUCCUUAACAAGUCCUUUCCAUGUCAUAUUAGGUUACAGUUCUCAUGCAGUCUUAUGAAUUAUAUAGUUGUCCACUCAUACAUUUCAAUGUUUUAAUUAUUUUGAAAAUGUAAAAUAAAAAAAUGAAAAAAAAAUCCCUUUUGCUAGAGCCUAUGAUCACUGAAAAAAUAUAGUCUCCUGUUUCAAGAGAAUAACUUCAAUCCAUGAAUGUCUGAAAAUAAUAUGUGGUUCCAGGGUGGAGUUUUCAUUUCAGUUGCCCCUGGUAACUACAUUUGCAAGUUCAUUUUACCUGGUAUAACUUAUAUUAGCUGAAAGGAUCUUUGGCUCUCAAGUCAUUUGGGAGUAGUGUCACAAGGGCAAGUCAUGUUUAAAAAGAUAGAUGCAGCCCCAGCUGGUAUAGCUUAGUGGGUUGAGUGCGGGCUGCAAACCAAAGCAUUGCAGAUUCGAUUCCCAGUCAGGGCACAUGCCUGGGUUGUGGGCCAGGUCCCCAGUGGGGGCCACAGGAGAAGCAACCACACAUUGAUGUUUCUCUCUCUUUCUCCCUCCCUAGGAAGGGAUCUUUUUAGAGACAGGAUCUCUAAAAAUAAAUAAAUUUUUUAAAGAAAAAA